AUGGACAAAAAGAUUGAUGAUGGCCGCCGUUUCAUCGAAAACAUGGAAACAAAUGCCUUGAAAAUCAAGCUCAGCGAGGAGUUGAUUACCAAGGAACUACAAGAUGCUCAGAUUCGUAUGUCAUCCCCUCCACCUCCCGAUGGUAAUCUAACCAAAGCAGGCAUACAGUCGUUAUCUAAGCUUCAAUCGGUAGUCAUGGAACGCCUGGCAAACCUUCAAGCCAUAGCCCAAGACAUGCCAUCCUGUGAGCUAGCUCCCAUUGAAGCCCUACGCGACGGAAGCCCCGCAAGCAGGUCGGAAACACUUUAG